AAUGAAAAGGACUUAACUGGAAUAGUUUAUCUUUUAACAGAUCCUUUCUUCAACGUCAACAUCAGCGGGAACACUUACCUGGAACAUGGGCAGCUUUUGGACUUGGAAGUCUCCUGCAACGGAAGUGGUCCCGUGGACUAUUGCUGGAAAUUAUUGCCCUCUUCAGAAAACCAGACAAACCUCUCUUGCAGUGAUCCGGCCACCUCACCCGAAUGCACUAUUCCCAUCCUCUACUACUUUAGGAAUUCUGGAGACUUCCAGUUGGCCAUUUACGUCAGCAACCUCGUCUCUUCAAUGCAGAGGAACGUCCAAGUACACAUUUAUGACGUCUCCCUGAGGCCACAGUUGUCUACUGUUAUCAUUCCUGUCGUGUGCUCGGUUCUGGUGGUGGUCAUCAUAGCUGUGGCUGUCAUCAUCCAAAUGAGGCGUCGAGGGGUGGGUAACGUAGAGACGGCUGACUUCGAUUUCAUGAGGAUGGACGAAGCGAAUGCGGCGGUGGCAGUGGAGACCUCCUGGGAAAUAAUGUGGCGAUCACUGGUGCAACUUCGAUGCCUUCUCUUCUGCCACUCUCACGUGGAUCAUCGCGACACUCCACAUUACGGAACGAUACUCAAAGAGAGAUGAAAACACUUUCAUCUACAACAUUUUAUUAUGUAUGCCAUUUGUUCAAUAUUUAAAAUAAAGAACGUUUGAUUUA